UGGCAUCACAUUGUUCGUGGGUUUCUUCUACGUCGCCAUUGUGUCCAAGCUGCUGCCAUCAUAUGAAAACCGGUUUCUGGAUGUAAUCCAAAAUGAUUGGUGAGGAAGCCUGGGCUGAUGAUUAUCUAAUUCUUUUUCUUUUGCCAACUGAUAUUUGAGCAUAGAGUGUUCAUUUAUGUACUAACUUUUUAGUAGUAUUAUCUAAUCAGCUAGUAGUGUCAUUUGCCGUGCUUAUGGAUGUUCUUGGUUUUUGCUCCCUGGGAAAGAGCGAGGUUCGUGUAACCACAUAUAUUUUGUAAUUGAUUUACAAAUUCACCUGACAAGUUUGCUUUGUAAUUCACAGGUAUUACUGCCUACUCGUGCCAUUGACGCUUCCUGUGAUAAUCGUGGCUGUCUAUCUGCAUUGGCUUAGCAUGAAGAUGUUCAAACAUGCGUGAAACAACAACUCCAUGGAUUUUAUGGAGCAAGUAUGCAGCUUUGUUCUAACUUCAGAAACUCAGAAUCAUAGUGACGAUCAAGAAAUACUUGUCAAUGCUUUUCAUACCAACAAUUGCCACCGAGUGCUACGAGUGGAUGUUGCUGGGAAUGCCUACUGCCCUUUCAUGAAAUCUUUGAGGAGGAGCUUUGUUUGGUCGGAUAUUAGGGAAUUACGGUGCUAUGCUAAAAACUGGAAGCUUUUAUGCCCUAAGACCAAGCUGGAGUACCAAAUCAGUGUAUUGGAACUAUGGAGGGGAAACAAUAUUUGCUGGGGCUGGGCGUGGAUAAAGAACCACCGAGUUGCUGUUUGCAGCACCGUCACCUGGUGGUCUCCCUGGACGCUGAAGGAGGCAGAACAUGCUACACCUGAAAAGGAUCUGGAGUUUGGUGUUCUGCUGGAGUGAUUUCUAUAUUUUUGAGUUCUAGGUAGUGAAUGAAACAUAUCUUUUAGAAUAAAUUCCUUGUAUGCCAUUGAAACAUAUAUAUAUACUAUUCCUUUAUGUGCCAUCCAAAUUUUA